AUGAGUAUUGAGUCACUGCCCAUUCAAUUCUACGCCAAGCGCCCAUACAAUAUGAACACUAGCGUUCGCCAAAAUCCUUUUUCAGAAGCCCAUAUGGGCAUUACGAAAUGUUUCUGCGGAAAAUUGACGGUGGAAAAUCACGAUUUCUGCUUCUGCUCUCCGGAGUGUGCUCGUGCGGAUGCCUUGACUGCUCUCGGGGGAGAAGAUUCCCACUAUCGGAAAGUCGUACGGAAGGCGUAUGUCAGCUGUGGUGCUAUUCCGCCUGUCAUAUACAGGCGCAAGGCAGGGGAGAAGACUCCGAUUACGAAGCAUGUCCCAGCCCUCCCCAUCCCUCCGAGUCAACCUGCCAAUCCAGCGCAUCAACAUAAUAUAUGUGGCCAGGAUGAUUGGUCUGCCAAAAAAGAAAAGGUGUUCCCUACGCUGGCUCAAGUGACGACCGCCGUUCUUGCUCGAAAAGCAAAGCAGGGAGGCGAAGCAGCAGCGGUCGAGACUUCGGUAAAAAUUCCCCAAGUCGCCACUCAGAUAUCCCUCGACGCGCUUCCUGUCCCCUCUCCCCCACCUAUCCAACGAACUAGGCCAGGGCUUGAUCGGGGCGCUCAUAACUCACCGUUGACACAAUUGCGCAGUGCGCCACGGCAAAUUAUGCCACUAAGAGUCGAUGACAAAUCUGUUGGCCUCAGAAGUCAACCAUCGAUCCUUCAUCCGGUAGCCGAGGAAAGAGGGAGGAGGAACGGCGACGAUGCUCCUCUUCCUCGAAAGCUUGAUCUCCGCGCAGAAGAAAGGCCGAUGUACCCACGCCUUCAACGACUAGUCCUUCCAAAUACGACCACUGCAAUCCGCCCUCCGGAUAGCCUUCGCCGCUCGGCUUCAUUCGCAGGUUGGCACAGCCCAGCUGAACAUUGCGAUCAUGUCUCAGAGGAGGGCGAAUCUCUCGAGGAAUUAUACAACCAACUUAGGGAUAUCCGAGGUUGGAUUAAGGGAUGGGAUGGAACGCUAGACUCCAACAAGAAGUUGCACGGGGUGUGAUGGGAUAAUCACUGGGGAACUCAGGUCCCAAAGGAACCCGAAAGAGAUUUUCGUAAUAUGUAUGUACCUAAUGUUUCGUAGAGAUCCUAGCUUUGUUGUCUUGCAAACACUCACUGCGGAAACGGAGUAUCAACCUGACAGGGUUGAGGUAGAAGCAGCAAUGAUAGAUAUACCAUUAGGCAAAUAGAGAAAGUAGAGAUAAACAUUGCAUCUCCUAUACUAGUACUUCUAGGGAUUCGCGCAUGGCAGGCUUUCCUGAGCAAUCAAUCCCUUGACUCCUUCCA